UUGAAACAACUAGUAGAAGUGCAAAGCCUAAUCUCUUAAGCACUGUUCACUAUGAAGACUAGAUCCUUUUGUCAAGGGGCUCUUCUGGGCUUCUUGGUGGUGUUCUUCUCGUUUGCUGUGAGCUGCUAUGGUGAACCUGGUCAAGACUCUUCAGGGAUUAGUGUAACCACUAAUGGAAAGUCUAACAAUGAAGGGUUCAAAGCAACCAUAGAUCUUGAUAAAGGAAGAUUCAAGAAACCUUUUCCACCGCACAUUCCAAUCUUUAAGAAACCAUCAAUUCCCAUCCUUGCAAAUCCACACCCACCAAAAGUUCCAAUUUUUAAAAAGCCACUUCUACCACCCAUUCCUGCUUUCAAGAAGCCAUUUCUUCCACCAAUUCCAAAUUUUAAGAAGCCACUUCUUCCACCAAUUCCAAUUUUCAAGAAGCCAUUACCACCACAUGGUCCAAUUGUGAAGAAGCCACCACAUGUUCCAAAUUUGAAGAAGCCGCUUCCACCACCAACUCCAAUUUUCAAGAAGCCAUUACCACCAUUAGUUCCAGUUUUCAAGAAGCCACUUCCUCCAACUAUUCCAAGUUUCAAGAAACCAAUACAGCCACCAAUUCCAGUUCUUAAGAAGCCAUUUCCAUCGUUUAAAAAACCGUUUCCAUUUAAUAAGCCAAUUCUUCCACCUAUUCCUAAUUUCAAGAAACCACUUCCAUCAAUUCCAGGUUUUAAGAAACCAAUUCUUCCACCUAUUCCUGAUUUUAAGAAACCACUUCCAUCAAUUCCAGAUUUUAAGAAGCCAAUUCUUCCACCUAUUCCUGAUUUUAAGAAACCACUUCCACCAAUUUCAGGUUUUAAGAAACCACUUUUACCACCAAUUCCAGGUUUUAAGAAGCCGAUUCUUCCACCUAUUCCUGAUUUUAAGAAACCACUUCCAACAAUUCCAGGUUUUAGGAAGCCAAUUCUUCCACCUAUUCCUGAUUUUAAGAAACCACUUCCACAAAUUCCAAGUUUUAAGAAACCACUUCUACCACCAAUUCCAGGUUUUAAGAAGUCGAUUCUUCCACCUAUUCCUAAUUUUAAGAAACCACUUCCAACAAUUCCAGGCUUUAAGAAGCCAAUUCUUCCACCUAUUCCUGAUUUUAAGAAACCAUUUCCACCAAUUCCAAGUUUUAAGAAACCACUUCUACCACCAAUUCCAAGUUUUAAGAAGCCAAUUCUUCCACCUUUUCCUAAUUUUAAGAAACCACUUCCACCUAUUCCAGGUUUUAAGAAACCAAAUCUACCACCAAUUCCAAGUUUUAAGAAGCCAAUUAUUCCACCUAUUCCUGAUUUUACGAAACCACUUCUACCAAUUCCGGGUUUUAAGAAGCCAAUUCUUCCGCAUAUUCCUGAUUUUAGGAAACCAUUUCUACCACCAAUCCCAGGUUUUAAGAAACCAAUUCUUCCACCUCUUCCUAAUUUUAAGAAACCAUUUCUACCACCAAUUCCAGGUUUCAAGGAGCCACUUUUGCCACCUAUUCCAAUUUUUAAGAAACCACUCCCUCUUAUAAAGCCUUUGCCUCAAUUUCCAGGUUUUGGAAAGUCAUUUCCACCAUCCAUUCCAAUUCCCAAAGCAAUAGUCAAGAAGAAACCUAUUCCUUAGAGAAAAAAAAUUAUAGAUAUAUAUUGUAAUAAAGGAAAAUGGUGGUGAUUGUUUUGUACGCGUAUAAGUUAUCGAAAAUGCUAUUGUCAAUGAAAAUGUUCACAAAAAAUUGUACUCCCUCUCACAUUUGAAGUGCAGUGGGACCUAGUUGAUGUGAAGGCUCGUGUAGAGAGAGUGAAAAAGUUUGUGUAUUUUUUUGGUGCAUCCAGCACUGCUCAUAAAUUAAAUAAAUUUGUUAU